AUGUGGCCUCGCCGAGCAGCUGCCUCCCUGGCAGCUCGCGCAUCUAGCGCGCGAUACAUGACCACGGCCCGUCGUGGGAUGCCCCGCGUGGUAUCCGUGGACAAAAUUGACGAAGUGGCUUCCGCCGUCCUCCGCCCCGACUCUCGCAUCGUCACUGCCAUGGCUGUCUCCGAGCCUUACUAUUUCUACCAUAACAUCCAUCGCUGGCUGGAAAUGGAUUCAACCCUGACAGACCUCAAGGUGUACUGCGCCAAUCCAAACGAGCCUGUCCCCAUCUUUGCAGACAAAAACCUUGGUGAGCGCAUUCACUUCACCACCAUGUUUCUUAACCACGCCAUCCGCCACCUUCAAGGCAGACGCGUCAGCUACAUGCCGCAUCACCUCUCCACCUGGAGUGAGAACAUCCUGCGGGCCGGCCCCAUCAACGUCUUUUGGGGUAGCUGCACUCCACCCCAGGAGAACGGUUACGUCUCCUUGGGUCCGGGCUGCGUCUACGAGACCGACAUUAUGCGCAAGGCCGAUGUCGUCAUCCUGGAAGUCAACCCCAACAUCCCCUAUGUUCAUGGCUCCCCUGUCAUUCCCAUCGAAUCUGCUGAUAUCCUCAUUGAUGGCUGCACUGCUGAGCUUCAAAAGCUGCCCAAGGCGGAAUACGAUGACAUUGACAUGAUCAUUGCCCGCUAUGUCGCCGAUCUCAUUCCCGACGAGGCCACAAUUCAGUUUGGUAUCGGUGGCAUCCCCAACGCUCUCGGCGACGCCUUGUUGGAGAAGCGGGACCUAGGCGUCCAUACCGAGAUGAUUAAUGAUUGCCUCAUGAAGCUGUUCCAAAGCGGUGUCGUGACCGGCAAGUACAAAUCGCGCUACCCCGAGCGCAUGGUUGGUUCGUUUGCCCUCGGUACUCAGGACUUGUACGACUUUAUGAAUGACAAUCCCGGCGUUUUCUUGGUGCCCGGUCGUAUCGUCAACUCGAUGGAGGAGUUUUCGCGUCAGCACAUGAUGCAUUCCAUCAACACAUGCGUCGAGCUGGACCUCACCGGCCAGAUCGUCUCCGAGUCAGUGGGCCAUCGCCAGCUCUCUGGCGUAGGUGGUGCGGCUGAUACGCACGUGGCCGCUCAAAAAUCCCCCGGCGGCCGCAGCAUCAUUGCCGUGCGUUCCACCAGUAAGAACGGGCAAAGCAAGAUUGUGUCCCAGCUUCAGGCUGGUGCCAAAAUCUCCAUCUCCCGUAAUGACGUUGACACGGUCAUUACUGAGUAUGGUGUCGCGCCCCUCAAGGGCCUGUCAGUCCAGGAGCGUGUUGUGGUAUGUAUCUGCCUCGCCGGCUUCCCGUUUUCACGCUUUCAGCUGCAUCUUGCCUGUUGCCUUGCCAUCGCCCGCCCUCGGAGAACACCAGGAGCUACCAUCUGCCCUCACUUUAUUCCCCUCACCCAUUAG